CCCGCCCACACCCGCUCCAAGACUUUCUGUAUUUACCAGAUGCCGGUGCCUUUAUGACAACAAACAUUAAGUGCAAGGGGUGGGACACUGUUUUGCGAAGGCUCAUAGCGUUUGCGGAAGGCGGGGGAAGCCCAUUUAGCGGAUUUUACAUAGCGCAUAAAAGUACCAGAUGGAGCUGUCGGAACAUAUUAAGACCGCCAAUGUUGAAGAUGUAACUCUGAUACGACCUUUCCAUCCAUCGCUUAAAGGAACCCUGUGCGUCACCAGUCACCACCUAUUGUUUUCGGAUAGAAAGGAAGAUGGUUCGAGGCAACUUCUGGUUCUCCUCAGGAACAUCGAUGCCAUCGAGAAAAGUGUCGAGAAUCUUUUUGGAUACCCCAGCUACAACUCUAAAGCAGGCCCAAGGGCUCUGGGAUCCUCUGGCACUGUUACUAUUAAAUGUAAAGACCUGCUUGUUCUUCAAUUGGAAAUUCCUGGAAUGGAGGAGUGUCUGAACAUAGCCAGUUCAAUAGAGACUCUCUCGUCUCUGGAAAGUGUAACAGAGAUGUAUCCCUUCUUCUACAGACCUUCACACCUCUCUCUGAAGGGUCCAUGGGGCCUGUCCUCAGCAGACCAAUAUUACAAGGAAACCGAAAGACUGUGGGACAGGUGGAGGAUCAGUAACGCAAAUUCAGAUUACUCUGUAUGUCCAUCAUAUCCACGUGCGGUCAUUGUUCCUCGAGAGGUGGAUGAUGACAUGCUGGUCCGUUCGGCACGGUUCAGGCACGGUGGCAGGUUUCCUGUGCUCUCCUACUGUCACCAUAGAAACCAAAUGGUGAUAAUGCGAAGCAGUCAGCCUUUAACAGGAGCCAAUAGGAAGCGAUGUAAGGAAGAUGAGCUUCUUCUCCAGGCUGUCAUUGACAGUUCAGAAUUAGGUUACAUCAUGGAUUUGCGCUCUGCCCAGCAAGCUCAGCAGGCCCGGAUGACGGGAGGGGGUUUUGAGUCUAAAUCUUGCUAUAACCACUGGAAAAGACUGCACAGACUUCACGAAAGGGGUAAGGUUCUGCAAGAGAGUCUCAUUAAGUUGGUGGAAGCGUGUGCCGACUCAUCGCACAGUGUGGACCGCUGGCUUAGCAAACUGGAGAACUCCAAAUGGCUUUCUCACGUUCACAUCGCUCUGUCCACCGCUGGUCUCAUUGCAGAGUGUGUAGAGAGGGAUGGUCACUCUGUGCUUGUGCAUGGUUCUGAGGGGACAGACAGCACGCUGCUGGUGACUUCAUUGGCUCAGCUUAUCUUAGAUCCCGCCUCUAGAACUGUCUAUGGCUUCCUAUGCUUGCUGGAAAGAGAGUGGAUACAGGCUGGACACCCCUUCCAGCAGCGCUGCGCUCAUUCGGCCCACUCUCACACCCGUCUGAAGCACGAGUGCCCAUCCUUUUUGCUGCUACUGGACUGUGUGUGGCAGAUCUGGAGACAGUUUCCGCUGGCGUUGGAGUUUAGCGAGGCCCUGCUGCUAAGACUGACACGAGAGGUUUAUGCGUCUGACUAUGGAACUUUUUUGUGUAACAGCGAGCAGGAGAGAUGUGCCUUAGGAGUGAAAGAGAACACAUACUGUUUUUUUCAGUCUCUAUUAAAACCUGAAAUAGAAGAGAAAUAUCUCAACCCACUUUACGAACACACAGAUCUGGCCAUUUGGCCCUCAGUGCAUCCUCAGUCUUUACAGCUAUGGACAGGAUUGUUCCUCAGAUGGACUGAGUACUCACAGAACAUGGAGGAAGCUCGAGAUGAGAUUUGGAACAUUAAGAAAGAGCACCGUGAGAGAAUUGGACCAGACCAGAACAAUCACACAAACAGUAUACAUUGUGAAACCUUCACCCCUUUUGAGAAUCUCAUGGAUGAGCUGACUAUCUUGUGACCUCAUAGUGGAAAGGACAUUUUAAAGCUUUUUAGUCACAGCUCAAAAUCUGACCAAUAUCGGACAACUGAAUCUUUUAUCAAAGAUCUCCAUAUAAAAACCUAUCAGACAUAAUGUCAUUAACGCAAUCGAACAUAAUAUCAUUAAAGAGUAAUCAGACACAGUGCUAUUUAAAGAUCAGACAUAUUGACUGCCUUCUGUUUGACAUUCGGACACUGCAAGUAAGCCGAGUUCUGCAAGGAACUACAACAUAAAACAUGUUUAAUUGAAACAUAAAUAUCAGGACAACACACACAUAGCCUAUAUAUCGAAGGCUACUGAUACAGUACUGUAAAUCCAGAAAAUAAAAAGAUAGUUUUAUUUAAUGUUUUAUUCCUAUAUACUACAUUUACAUUUAGGCAUUUGGCAGACGCUUUUCUCCAAAGCGACUUACAUUGUUUUAUCCUAUAUAUUUUACAUAAGUAUUUCAAUCCCCUGGUUUCGAGCCCACAACCUUGCGGCAAUGCUCUGACCAUAUAUGGUCUGUUUAUUGUACAACCCUUAUUCAUUGUAACCAGAAGGAUGAACAGAAUUUGGUAUGCAUUUUAUGAGGCCUGUCGUUUUAAAAAGAAAAAAAAUGUGAACAUGUGAUAACAACACAAUAAAAACAUGUUUUUUUUAAACUCAGUAAUCUCUUUUUGGAAAUAAACUCUUCAUAUAAAUAU